AUGUAUACGUUGUCUACUAGUGCCGAGGGAGCCUGUCACCUGUGUGGGCCACCUGUCCCCGGUAUCCAGUCUGCUGCUCCAGGUGCUGGUGAGGCUGCUGCUCUAGGCGCUCGUGAGUCUGCUGCUUCAGGUGCUUGUGAGUCUGCGCUUUCAGGUACUACGACUACGGCACUGCACACCUUCACACUGGACUCAGGUGCUUCCCGCUGUUUCUUUCGCGACCGCACUGCCCUCGAGCAGCUCCCUAGGCCGGUUGCUGUCUCCCUGGCUGACCCCUCCGGGGGUCCGGUCCUUGCGACCUCCACCACUGCCCUCCCUUGUCCUGCUGUCCCGUCUGGCACACUGUCGGGCCUUUACCUCCCCUCGUUCUCUACGAACUUGGUGGCUGGCUCCGCGCUCCAGGACGCAGGUGUUCACCAGUUCACCCCUGCCUACGAGCGUGUGACGCACUGCACGUGUGCCCAGACGGGUCGUCACCUGGCUACCUUCACUCGGCAGCCGGGGUCGGACUUGUACACACUGACCACUGAGUCCCCUCAGGUAGCUGCGUCUGCGUCUGCGUCAGGUCAGCUGUCGGCCCCCUGCUCGUGUCGCUCCCUGUCGCACCGGACUGUCCUCUGGCACCACCGCCUUGGUCACCCGUCAGUGCAGCGCCUUCGUGGCAUGCACUCCCGGUACCUUGUCUCUGGUCUUCCCAGGGUUCUCCCUCCCCUCCCACCCUCGCUUGCUCCUCCCUGUCUUCCCUGUGUCGAGGGGCGGCAGCGCGCCGCUCCUCACUCCUCCUCGUUUCCCCCGACAGAGGCUCCCCUGCAGACUCUCCACCUGGACGUGUGGGGCCCCGCCCGCGUCCGGGGACAGGGCCACGAGCGGUACUUUCUGCUGGUCGUCGACGACUACACGCGCUACACCACGGUCUUCCCCUUGCGUACCAAGGGUGAGGUCCCUGAUGUCUUGAUCCCCUGGAUCCGCGCUGCUCGUCUCCAGCUCCGCGACCGGUUCCAGUCGGACUUUCCUGUCCUACGCCUCCACUCUGACAGAGGUGGCGAGUUUUCCUCUGACCUCUUGGCAGCCUACUGUGCGGAGCACGGCAUCCGCCAGACGUUCACUCUCCCGGCCUCUCCGCAGCAGAAUGGGGUUGCUGAGCGCCGCAUUGGUCUCGUCAUGGAGGUCGCUCGUACCUCCAUGAUCCAUGCGGCUGCCCCCCAUUUCCUGUGGCCGUUUGCAGUGCAGUACGCCGCGCAUCAGCUCAACCUCUGGCCCCGUGUCUCCGUGACCUCGCCUACCCUGCGGUGGACGGGGGAGGUUGGCGAUGCGUCGGUGUUCCGAGUCUGGGGAUGUCGAGCCUUUGUCCGCGAUACGUCCGCGGACAAGCUCUCCUCCCGUGCCGUUCCCUGUGUCUUCCUUGGCUUUGUCCCUGACGCGCCUGGCUGGCAGUUUUACCACCCCACCUCGCGCCGGGUCUUCGCCUCUCAGGACGUCACCUUUGACGAGUCGGUACCCUUUUACCGUCUCUUCCCCUACCGCACUGCCCCGCUCCCCCCCCCGCCGCUCUUCCUCACCCCAGGUGUCCCGUCAGUAGACCCCCUGCCUCCCCAGGGUCCUGCUCCCUCAGGUGUUUCCCAGGUAGACCCGGUCGAGCCUGUCGAGGUAGCUAUUGAAUCUGGUCCUGCGCGACGUGCUGAGGGUGCUGAGCCUGGGGGUGCGGAGACUGGGGGUGCUGAGUCUGGGGGUGCGGAGACUGCGGGUGCUGAGCCUGGGGGUGCUGCGACUGGGGGUGCUGAGCCUCGAGGAGCUGAGGCUGGGGGUUCUGAGACUGGCCGUACUGCGCCUGUUGGCGCUCCCUCUUCACAGCAGCUGCGUGAGUGGUACGCUCGGCGCUGCAGCCUCCGGAGUGGAGCUCCUGGUGUUGAGGUACCGCCAGCUGGAGGCCCUGCUGCUACUGGAGGUCCUGGAGCUGCUGGAGGUGCUGCUGGUGCUGGUGCUGCUGGAGGUACUGGAGCUGCUGGAGGUGCUGCUGGUGCUGCUGGAGGUCCUGGAGCUGCUGGAGGUGCUGCUGGUGCUGCUGGAGGUCCUGGAGCUGCUGGAGGUGCUGCUGGUGCUGCUGGAGGCUCUGGAGCUGCUGGAGGUGCUGCUGGUGCUGGUGCUGCUGGAGGUGCUGGAGCUGCUGGAGGUGCUGCUGGUGCUGCUGGAGGUCCUGGAGCUGCUGGAGGUGCUGCUGGUGCUGCUGGAGGUCCUGGAGCUGCUGGAGGUGCUGCUGGUGCUGCUGGAGGCUCUGGAGCUGCUGGAGGUGCUGCUGGUGCUGCUGGAGGCUCUGGAGCUGCUGGAGGUGCUGCUGGUGCUGGUUCGGCAGGAGGUUCUGGUGCUGUCUCUGCUGCUUCUGGGGGCACUUCACGGCCGCGGCCGUACUUCGUUCCGCUCCUUCAGCAGGUUCUUGGUUUGCCGCCUCCUCCUAGUCCUCCUCCCUCCUUAGCGUGUCCUCCGCCUGUCCAGUCGCAGUCGCAGCUACCACCUGCCUCGCCACUUCCUGGUCCAUCUCCCUACACUGGUCCGACAGGCGGUCUUACAGAGCGUCGUGAGCCUGAGUCUCGUCCUGUGUCGCCUGUGUCUCGUCCAGUGUCACCUGUUCGUGCUGCUCGCACUGGUCGCCGUGUUCCGCGUGAGCGUCUUCCACCUGUCCCUAGCACACACUAUAUGACUCUCCGUCCUUCCCGUGCUCCACAGCGUGUCCCUCUACCGUCUCCUCCUGCGUCCUCUCUUCCUGUUCUUGCUGACCCAGAGUCUGACUCUCUUCGUGCUGCCAGUCCUACUGUCACGCGUCUCCUGGCCACUGUUGUCACUGACCCUUCCUUUGAGACUGCUGCUGCGUCUGCCCUAGUUGCUGAGCUUGUCGACUUUGCUGCUCGCUGUCGUCUAGACUACGCCGCGAGUCUUGUUGCUGAGGCUGAGUCUGUCUGUCCUCCGUCCGUCGGGGGUGAGUGUGCUCUAGGCACGGACGUCCUUGAGGACAGACAGGAGGACCUUGAGUGUCUUGCAGCCGCUGCGCCUCAUCUCGUGUCCAUGCUGCUUGCCCCUGAGGGAGACCCGGAUGCUCCAGACAUCCCUACCCCGCGCUCUUACGCAGAGGCGAUGGCGGGUCCCUACUCCUCUCAGUGGCAGACAGCCAUGGAUGCAGAGAUGGCAUCCUGGAAGUCCACUGGCACUUACGUCGACGAGGUUCCCCCUCCUGGGGCGAACAUCGUCAGUGGCAUGUGGAUUUUCAGGGUGAAGCGGCCGCCAGGUUCUCCGCCUGUCUUCAAGGCUCGUUACGUUGCUCGAGGCUUCAGUCAGCGAGAGGGAGUAGACUUCUUUCAGACCUUCUCCCCCACCCCGAAGAUGACCACUCUUCGGGUGCUACUGCACGUUGCUGCUCAGCGUGACUACGAGCUUCACUCUCUUGACUUCAGCACAGCUUUCUUGCACGGCAGCCUGCACGAGGAGAUCUGGCUGCGCCGCCCUCCUGGCUUCACUGGGUCGUUUCCUCCUGGUACCCAGUGGAGCCUCCGGCGGCCGGUCUACGGUCUCCGCCAGGCGCCACGUGAGUGGCACGACACACUGAGGACUACUCUUGCGGCACUUGGGUUCGCGCCUUCUACUGCUGACCCGUCGCUGUUUCUGCGCACCGACACUUUGCUGCCGCCGUUCUACAUCCUCGUGUACGUCGACGACUUGGACUUUGCCACUGCUGACACUGAGGCUCUUGCCCACGUGAAGUCGGAGCUGCAGAAGAGACACACGUGCACAGACCUGGGUGAACUGCGCAGCUACCUUGGCUUGCAGAUCACCCGGGACAGAGCACGCCGCACCAUCACACUGACUCAGUCACACAUGGUGCAGCAGGUCCUUCAGCGCUUCGGCUUCACCUGGUCCUCAGCACAGGCCACUCCUCUGGCUACAGGUCACUCGCUCUCAGCUCUGCCUUCGGAUGAGUCCGUAGAGCCGAGUGGUCCUUACCCAGAGCUAGUUGGCUGCCUCAUGUACCUGAUGACUUGCACUCGUCCUGACCUAGCGUACCCUCUUGGCCUUCUGGCACGCUACGUGGCUCCUGGUAGGCACCGAAAGGUGCACUGGGAUGCUGCAAAGAGGGUAUUGCGCUACUUGUGCAGUACAUCGGGCAUGGGGCUCGUGCUUGGAGGAGGGAGCCCAGUUGUUCUCACUGGGCACUCAGACGCUUCUUGGGUUGACGACCAGGCUACUCAGCGGUCGUCACAGGGUUACACCUUCAGCCUCGGCUCUGGCUCAGUUUCGUGGCGUUCUACACGUUCGUCUUCAGUUCUCAGCUCCAGUUGUGAGGCUGAGAUCUACGCCACAGCCAUGGCUGCACAGGAGUUACGCUGGCUCACCUACCUGCUGACCGACCUGGGAGAGCGGCCUCGUUCUCCUCCAGUGCUGUACGUCGACAACAAGGCUGCCAUUGCCUUGUGUGAGGAGCACAGACUGGAGCACAGAACGAAGCACAUCGCUCUACGUUACUUUCUGGCUCGAGAGUUGCAGCAGCGUGGUCAGCUUCGUCUACGUUACGUGGCCACUCCGGCCAACACUGCUGAUAUAUUCACCAAGGCGCUUCAGUUGGGUGAUCAUCAGCGUUUCUGCACUUUGCUAGGGCUUGUGCCCACUUUUCCUCACUUGUUGUAG